AGGAUCAAUCACAGACUGCCGUGCUUGCAGAAGGACCUUCCUAUUCAAAAGGUAUCUCUAGGUACAUUGAACUUGUCAUUUGAACUACAGUUAAAUUUCUUGAUGGAAACCCUUGGUUCAUUUCACUUCUAAGACAUUGAAUUACAGAAUGAAUCAGUGCAGAUGUCCUUCAGCUAUAUAUAGUUUUAAUUAGAAGAUGGAUUUUGUGCAGCAUACAUCAGGAAUACUGCUCUGGAAACCAUUCCUAAAUGAACCACGCUUCCCGGCGCCCGGUUCUGCUGGGCGGCGAUACCUCCUCUGAGGCCGCUCGGAGUCGGCUCCGCUCCUGCCAGCAGAGGCGGAACACCGGCCAGUGGCGAAGUCCCGGGAAGAGAGGACGGGCUCCCCGCCGCGAGGAACAGGAGUGGAGCCGAAGCUGCUGCUGCCGCCUCCUGCUCCUCCUCGCCAUGCCCCGCGCUUUAGCCGCCUGCCUUUUCCUGCUCCCGCUCUGCGCCCGGGCUUUAGCUCUAAACGUUGCUGCAGAAGAUGUAAAGGACAGGACUGAGCAGCUGUCACAGACAACAGAAAGAAGUGGAAACUCGACUAAAAUAAGCAAGGAACUAAAAGAAAUAGUAUUUGUCAUCCAGAGUCAAAGGAAUUCUUUUCAUUUGAAGAAAGCAGAUGACCUAAAACAAAGUAUUUUCAAACAAGCUGCAGUUCUUGGAAAGGAGAUGCCCACAGUUCUGCUUAUUCAUCAGAUGGACAAGCAUGAAGGUGCAUGGACCAUUCUACCCUUAAUGCACGAUUUUUCUGUUACAUACAGCAGAAAUUCUUCGUGGUUUUUCUUCUGUGAAGAAGAUACAAGAAUACAUCUUGUAAAGCUACUGAAAAUACUUGAAGGAUAUGACAAGUCUAAGGAAUAUUUUUUAGGAAAAGCUUUACAUGACGAUGAAUCUACAAUUAUUCACCAUUAUGCAUUUGCAGAAAACCCUACAAUUUUUAAAUUUCCAGAUUUUGCUGCUGGCUGGGCACUUAGUAUUCCACUUGUCAAGAAGCUUGCAAAGAGGCUGAAGAAUGAACCUUUGAAGUCAGAUUUUACAAUAGAUUUAAAAUACGAGAUUGCGCUUUAUAUCUGGGAGAAAGGCAGUGGACCACAUCUCACCCCAGUGCCUGAGUUUUGUACAGAAGACUUUGACUCUCCGAAUGCUGCUCACUGUGCCACUACAUUUGCUAAUUUCCUCCCACUUUGUGGAGAUCCUGUGAAGAAAACAGAUAUCUUUGUUGCUGUAAAAACAUGCAGGAAAUUCCAUGGAGACAGAAUACCUAUUGUAAAGCAGACCUGGGAAAAAGAGGCUGUUCUUAUUGAAUACUACAGUGAUUAUGCAGAAAGUUCAAUACCCACUGUUGAUUUAGGAGUGCCAAAUACUGAUAGAGGUCAUUGUGGGAAGACCUUUGCCAUUUUGGAAAGGUUUCUAAAGCACAGCACUGCUGCAACACCUUGGUUAGUCAUUGUGGAUGAUGACACUUUAAUAAGCAUUUCUAGGCUCCAGAAAUUUCUCAGCUGCUACAACCCAACUGAGCCAGUGAUUAUUGGAGAACGCUAUGGCUAUGGAUUGGGGUCAGGAGGCUAUAGUUAUAUCACUGGUGGAGGAGGGAUGGUUUUCAGUAGAGCAGCAAUCCAAAGAUUAUUUGCUAGUAAAUGCCGGUGUUACAGCAAUGAUGCCCCUGAUGAUAUGGUGAUUGGAAUGUGUUUCAGUGGCUUAGGAAUUCCAAUAACACACAGCCCUCUCUUCCAUCAGGCUCGCCCAAUGGAUUACCCAAAGGACUAUCUUUCCCAUCAAGUUCCAAUAUCAUUUCACAAACACUGGAACGUCGAUCCGGUGAAAGUGUACUUCACAUGGUUGGCACCAGAACAGAAAGACUUUCAAGAUGGACGUAAACACGUCAGGGAGGACUUAUAAUCUUUAAUAUAUAUAUAUUAUAUAAUAUAUAAAUAUUGCUGUAGGUUUAAUAUUAGAGCACCGCCUGAAUUUUGUUGUUGUAUUUAUAAUGAUUUGUUGCCCACAUUGUUCUGAACACUUAGGGCAUGAUCCGGUCCUGCUUUUGGCACACCCUCCUGUUUUCUCCCUCUGGUGUACUAGUGACAUGCAUCACAUAACUAGGGAAGGCUGGGCAUGAGCGUGGGGAGGGCGCACAGACCCCUCUUCCCUUGCAGUGCUUCAGCAUUCCUUUGUGUAUGUACCAAUGGUGAGAGAGGGAAAACAGAUAUAUAUUGAGCCCUAUGGGACUCCUCCACACACAGGCACACACUAAUACUGCGUCCUUCCUUAAAUAUCCCCCUCCAGAAUGAAUUAAAAUACAUAUCACACACUCACAUAUUCAUACAUAAACUCAGUAAAUCUACACACACAUAUAUGUUUGUUGGGCUACAGGUCUUUUACUGUUAAAUAACAUUUACUUUUCGAAUUUUGUAAACAUCCAUAAUAUGUCAAAUACUAAGUUUUUUAAAAAAUAUUUUUUAAAAAUUUCAAUGAUCAGCCCCCUGUCCUCCUUGGUUCUGUCUCCCCACCCUGGUCGUUAGUAGCAUAUUAGGGGCCUCAUGAUAAAGCAUGUUGAACUCCUUUGAGGGCUUAUCCACACUUAACCUUUCCCCCUAUUCUCUCCAGGCAUAGGUCCGGGCUUUACAGCUCUCUCUCUCUCU